ACUGUUAUUGAUAUUCGAUAUCUAUCCUCUGGUUUAAAAAAAAAUCAGUGAUAUUUCUGUUAACAUAUUGUUGUUAACAACAUUUAAUAUUUUACAUAUAGUGCAAUUAUGUUUACAUGGGUUAAUUCAGAAAAUGUCUAAUCUACAUUUUAGUUGAAUGAAGGAUACAAUUAACAUUAUGGGGAAAACGAGGGACGAGAAAGAACGAUAGGUGUGGGAGUGUUAGAAAAAGAUGUCACCUUUAAGAGAUAGGUUUCACCGCCCCAUUUGGUCGAGAGCUCAUAUAUUAUUGCGUUGACGGAUACUCAUUAUUCGGUGGCUCUGCGCGAACAGGGUUGUGUGCUACCGAACUCCCGCACUUUAUCUCUCUCUGACUUCACCUCCUUCAUCAAAAACGCACGCAACACAUAAACAAAUCAGCUAGAGUGCAGGGAUAGAGAAAAGGAGUGAUAGAGAGAGGGUGAUAGAAGGUUAGAUACUCAACAUAUGGACAUUAUCUUCUGAUGACGUUUCCUUUGCGAUAACAGCUUUUUGUCAUGGUUAAAUGAAAAACGAAGAAAUAACAGUUUGGUUGAUUUGAAAGCUGUACACUGAUAAGCAUGUGUCGGACGCCAAUGGGAGAUUGUAAGUUUGUGAAGGAAUAUACAUUUCCAAGAUAGCGUAGCUUCGGAAAGAAAGACAAACAUAAUAGGAUGGCGGCUCUAACAACGGGGGCGACUCCGUAUUCGGACGGACUGGAGGUGAACUUUGGCGGGGGUCCAGCCCGAGAGCCUCCCCCUCCCUCGCCCGAAGUCACGCAGAAGAAGACUAAAUCCCCCGCUGGUUUCAUCGUGUCUGUGCUUACCAGUAAUCGCUCUCUAUUCAUCUUCAGUGAAGAAAACUUCAUUCGGAGAUGUGCAAAAUGGCUAACAGAAUGGCUUCCGUUCGAGUAUUUCAUCUUAGCGACAAUUAUAGCCAACUGUGUUGUGUUAGCAUUGGAUACACAUCUCCCGGAGGAUGAUAAAACACCGAGGUCAAUAGCACUGGAAGACACUGAAAUAUACUUUCUCGCCAUCUUCUGUUUGGAAGCUGCGAUUAAAGUCAUAGCUCUAGGGUUUUGUCUUCACGAAGAGUCGUAUUUACGAAACGGCUGGAACAUCAUGGACUUCAUAGUUGUAGUCACAGGUACUGUAUCAGUAGUAGAAGCGAGUAAUGCUAGCCAAGCAGGGGGUGGCUUUGAUCUGAGGACCUUGCGAGCAGUCAGAGUGUUGAGACCUCUAAAACUAGUAUCUGGUAUCCCAAGUCUCCAAGUUGUUUUGAAAUCCAUCAUCAGAGCUAUGGCCCCUCUCCUUCAAAUCACUUUACUCAUUCUCUUUGUAAUCAUCAUCUUUGCCAUCACCGGUAUGGAGUUUUUCAUGGGAAAAUUCCAUCGCACAUGCUUUGUAUACGAUCCAGUAGCUGGAGUCGUGACCAAUGAGCUAGCAGAGGAUGAACCUCAAGUGUGUGGAAACAGGCAAUGUGGGGAAAAUCAAAAUUGCACAACGUAUUGGGAAGGACCAAAUUUUGGAAUAACAAACUUUGACAACAUGCUGUUUGCUAUGUUAACUGUGUUCCAAUGUAUUACCAUGGAAGGAUGGACGGACAUCAUGUAUAAUUGCAACGACUCAGAGGGUCCUCGAUUUGUCUGGAUCUACUUCAUUCCUCUCAUCAUUCUGGGUUCAUUCUUCAUGCUCAAUCUCGUUCUUGGAGUCCUCAGUGGAGAAUUCGCAAAAGAAAGAGAGCGAGUCGAGAACAGAAGAGCUUUCUUAAAACUGAGAAGACAGCAGCAGAUAGAUAAAGAAUUGAUGGGCUAUUUAGAAUGGAUAUGUAAAGCAGAAGAAGUCAUGCUCAAUGAUAAAUCUAUAUCAGAAGAAGAACGAGAAGCCAUAGAAGACCGGCGGCGUGACGCCGCUGCAAGAACAGAGGAUCUCAGUAAUGGCAAACCAUCAGGUGCUGAUUUAGUCACUAGUUAUGGCAUAGAUAAUGACAUAGACCCUAACUCUAACUCUCCUACCAAAGAAAAAAAGAAAAAGAAGCGGAAGAAGAAGUUCGUACGGAUCAGACGGGCGGAGAAGAGGUUACGCUUCGCCAUUCGUCACGCUGUGAAGACGCAGGCUUUCUAUUGGCUUGUUAUAGUCCUUGUAUUCCUCAACACCAUCUGUGUUGCUAUAGAACACUACAACCAACCCCAUUGGCUAGAACAAUUCUUAUACUAUGCAGAAAUAGUGUUCCUUUGUAUCUUCAUAAUGGAAAUGGUCAUAAAAAUGUAUGGCCUCGGGCCUGGGGUCUACUUCCAAUCAGCUUUCAACAAAUUUGACUGCCUUGUUAUAUGCGCGAGCAUGUUUGAGGUCAUCUGGACAAAAUAUAAAGACGAGUCUUUUGGCCUUAGUGUACUUCGAGCCCUGCGACUCCUUAGGAUAUUCAAAGUAACAAGAUACUGGUCCUCCCUGCGGAACCUAGUGAUAUCCCUGUUAAGUAGUAUGCGUUCCAUUGUUAGUCUCCUCUUCCUACUUUUCCUCUUCAUUCUCAUCUUCGCCCUCCUGGGGAUGCAGUUAUUCGGUGGAAGCUUCAAUUAUGACGCAACGCAGGCGAAACCUUCCAGCAAUUUUGACACCUUCUGGAUAGCUCUCAUAACAGUAUUUCAGAUCCUAACAGGAGAGGAUUGGAAUGCAGUGAUGUACCAAGGUAUCAAGUCCCAGGGCGGGGUACCUAACGGAAUGUGGGCGAGUAUCUACUUCGUCAUUCUGGUGCUAUUUGGCAACUACACACUGUUGAAUGUCUUCCUUGCCAUUGCUGUUGACAACCUCGCCAACGCCCAGGAGCUGACCAAGCUUGACCAGGAGGAAGAUGAGGAGAACAGGGAGGCCGCAGCCAGGGAGCUCCAGGAGCUCCAGGCUUCACAGACGCCCAACCUCAGCAGGAGAGGAUCGCCAAACCCUGAUCAUCUACCAAUUGAGGAUGGCACCAACAUACAGCUGAAUGACAUGAAAGACCCACAGAGAAUGAAUGGAGAUCACAAUGGAGACAUGGUGGACGAAGACGAUCCCAAUGGCGACGCUAAGGGCAAAGGUUUUUUUCGGAGAACGUACCACCAGCUUAACGUCCACGGCAUCCCCUGGCCGUGCCCUUCCUGCGAAAAUGUUGAGUGUCCUUGUGUGUGUACGUGUACCUGUAGCUGCCAAAUGAGAAAGAACGUCAACAACAACGCCAAAGAAAAAGGUCCUCACUUCCUUCACUCUGAAGCUGACGAGAACGAUGAAUCAUUUCAUCCCAAGCCGAUGGUUCCAUAUAGCGCCCUCUUUAUAUUUAGCACCACCAACCCCGUUCGCCGUUUUUGUCACUACAUAGUCACACUACGCUACUUCGACACAAUGAUUAUGGUUGUUAUUGCCCUCAGUAGUAUAGCCUUAGCAGCAGAAAACCCCAUAGACCCUGACGACAUGAGAAACCAAGUUCUAGAAUACUUUGACUACGUCUUUACUGGUAUCUUCACCAUUGAAAUGGUCCUGAAGAUCAUGGACAUGGGCCUCCUCCUCCACAAAGGCUCCUACAUGAGAGAUCUCUGGAAUAUUCUUGAUGCUAUCGUUGUUGUUUGUGCCUUAUUUGCUUACGCCUACAGGGGAGCAUCUUCACCCACGCCAAUGACAAUGACAAUGGUGGAAAGUAGUGGAACGGGUGGAGGAGGACCUCAGAAUCUGAACACCAUCAAAUCAUUGAGGGUACUGAGGGUGCUGCGACCGCUAAAAACCAUCAAGAGGGUUCCGAAACUAAAGGCUGUGUUUGACUGCGUAGUGAACUCGGUAAAGAACGUCACCAACAUCGCAAUCGUCUACCUCCUAUUCAUGUUCAUCUUCGCUGUCAUCGGCGUCCAACUCUUCAAGGGAAAAUUCUUCCACUGCUCCGACCUGUCGAAAGUCACUGAGGAAGAAUGCCAGGGAAGAUAUUUCUUGUAUGAAGGAGACCAAAUAAAAGAAAGUGCUGACCGAGUGUGGGCCAAGUAUGAAUUCAACUAUGACAAUGUCGCCUUAGCUUUGCUCACACUCUUUACGGUAUCCACCGGGGAGGGAUGGCCUGAUGUUCUGAAGCAUUCAAUCGAAGCCACAGAGGAAGGAAUGGGCCCCACCCCAUACAACAGGAUCGAGAUGUCCCUAUACUACGUGGUCUACUUCAUUAUCUUCCCUUUCUUCUUCCUCAACAUCUUCGUUGCCUUGAUCAUCAUCACCUUCCAGGAGCAGGGCGAUCAGGACUUCUUCGACGGCGACAUCGAUAAAAACCAGAAACAAUGCAUAGAAUUUUGCAUCACGGCCAAGCCUGUCGACCGUUUCAUGCCAGCCAACAAGAAUUCAUUCCGCUUCAAAGUGUGGAAGUUGGUCGUUUCCUCGGCCUUUGAGUAUUUCAUCAUGGCUCUCAUUACAUUCAACACAUUCACGUUAAUGAUGAAGUACAAUGAUCAAGGACAAAUUUACACAGACGUCCUCAAGUACCUUAACAUAGCAUUCACAGUCCUCUUCACGAUAGAAGCUAUACUGAAACUUAUAGCAUUUGGAAUAAGGAAUUACUUCAAGGAGGGGUGGAACACUUUUGACUUUAUCACGGUAGUGGGGAGCGUAGCCGAUGUCAUCAUUUCAGAAGUUGGGGAGGGUUUCAUCAACCUGAGCGUGUUGAGACUGUUUCGGGCAGCCAGGUUAAUCAAACUUCUAAGACAGGGUUCCUCAAUUCGCAUUCUACUAUGGACCUUCAUACAGUCAUUCAAGGCCCUACCAUGGGUUUGUCUGCUGAUAUGGAUGCUGUUCUUUAUCUAUGCAAUCAUUGGAAUGCAGAUAUUUGGUAACAUAGCACCAAUAGACGGGGAGCAAAUUAAUCGCCACAACAACUUUGGCCAAUUCUUCAAUUCGUUACUGUUGCUGUUCAGAUGUGCUACAGGUGAAGCAUGGCAGUCCAUCAUGAUGAGCUGUUUACCAGGAGCACCUUGCGCUGAUCCGGACAAGAGCAACCCUACGGGGAUCAAACCGGACGAUACCUGCGGCUCAAACUUCUCAUACGUCUACUUUGUGAGCUUCAGCUUUCUCUGCUCUUUCCUUAUGUUAAAUUUGUUUGUUGCUGUCAUCAUGGAUAACUUUGAUUACCUGACGAGAGAUGCAUCUAUCUUAGGAGCUCAUCAUUUAGAUGAGUAUGUCAGGAUCUGGGGUAACUUUGACCCAACAGGAAGUGGGAAAGUCUUGUACAAAGAUAUGUAUGACAUGUUGAAGAACAUUGAACCUCCGGUGGGUUUUGGUAGAAACUGCCCUUAUAGAAUUGCUUAUAAGAGGUUAAUCCGGAUGAAUAUGCCUGUAGAUGAGAAUAAAAUGGUACAAUUUACAUCAACGUUAAUGGCUCUGAUUAGAACAGCCUUAGAUAUCAAGAUUGGAAAAGUGGCUGAUCGAGAUCGUCAUGACGCUGAGUUGAGGGAGGCAGUCAAGUGUUUCUGGCCUCACCUCUCCGCUGACAAGCUGGACCUUCUUGUACCUCCAGACAGCGAAUUGAUUGGGGAGAAGCUAACAGUGGGGAAGAUCUAUGCAGCAUUACUGAUCUAUGAGACUUGGAGAGAAUACAAGGCCAAGAUACAAAGAGAUGGACAUGCAAGAACGAUGCGUGAAGUUAUAGAAUUGGUCUACUUCAAGUAUCUCUACAAGAAAUACCCAGACUUCGACAUCAACGACGAGCGCUACCAGAACACCUUUUCCGACGAGUUUCGUCGAUUCAUACUGGCAGCCCAGAAGCGCCCCUCACUCUUCCGCCGUCUGGUAGGAGCGGUGCGCCGCGGCAGCAAUGAGAACUUGCCUGGACUCGCUGAAGAAGGUGGGAGCACCAGUGCCGCCGUGGCUAUCAAGGAAGAAAAGACGCCCUCGCCGCAACUCAAGGAGAAAGAUCGACCACGCCCAGGGAAGGUGGCAACUACCCUCCCUAGGAUCGAUAGUUCCGGGUCAGAGGGACUCACCGUAGAACAACCUAGCAAACAAGCCUCACCCAAGCAAGCCGAGCGAUACCAGAGGAAAGGUCGCGACCCUGAUCGAGAGAGUCGUCACCACCGCUACAGGGAGCCGCCUGAUAACUCGAGGACCCUCCCUUUGGACCCAUCUGAAGACUGUGUGGUCCCAGUUAAUGGGGACAUGGACCUAGGCCUGUUAGACUUGGGUCUGGACCUGAAUGGGGUAGACCAAGAAGAGUUCUUGUUGUCCCAGUCGACGACCAUGACCAGUAUUUAUGAGGAAUAUGACAAUCAGUCAUUCGAGCACGACGAGGAAGAGGAGAUCGAUCUGGGCGUCGAGGGGAUGUCCGCUCUGAAAGAGCAAGAGUUUGAAGAUCAGGCAAUUGAAAUGUCAGACAUCCGGUAUCGAGAUCGCGAUGAGAGGGGGAAAGGAGGUUCGGUGGAUCGCAGGGAAAGGCAUUCGAUGGACAAGCAUGCCAUACAGUAUUCAAACAACACGACAGGUGGCAAUACACCGUACUCUCAAUCCGAUUACAGCCUGGCCAGGGGAGGGACUGGGAGGGAUCGCGAGAGGUCUAGACCCCGGGUUAAGCAUUCCGUUGCUAUCAGUAGCGAUGAAGUGCCUUUCUCAGACCGGGAUCACUACAUCGACGAAAGAAGACAUUACCCUGACCGUGAGAAUGAAAGGAGAGAAAAGCGACACUCCAUACCUCCUGGGGACAAUUUUGAACAAAUGGAACGUCCUCGUGGCAGACCCUCUCAGUCAAUGAGCCAAGGCGGGCUCAGUGGCCGCUCGGGUAGUUACGAAGGACAGGGAGGCACUGGGAAUAAAGCUAUAGAUGCCAUUCUAAAAAGGGGUAGUGAUAUCCGGGCACAACAUAAGAAGGAUCAAACAGAUCACAGUCAAGUGACUAGAGAUGGCCAACCUCGAGAUGGCCAACCCUAUGAUAGAGAGAGGAGAACGGGUGCUCCCAGACAACGGCCACGGCAUGGUUCCCUGCCAGCACCUCCUAUUUCUGGUUCCCAUAGUAUGCCUGCCUUUGAUGAUGGGCGCCCACCUAGACAACGCCAUUCUAUUGCUUCAUCUAGUAUGCCUGACUUCCAAGGUAGAGGCCAUCGGCAUCCUGGUAGUGGUUACCCUGUAGGAGACGACAGAAGAGACCAACGCAGACACUCUGCAGAACAGUCUUCCAGACGACGAUCGUACCGACAUGAUGACGCCUUAAUAGACACUAGACCGCCACAGCAGGACAUCAUACCGGAGGAGGAUGAGGGUAUCCCUCCCGACGGUAGUGAUGUCCUCAGACGCACUGCGCGAAACAAUAGAAAGAAUAGCGGCGGCCAUCUUGGUCAGUACCAGAAGUUUGAUAACUCCCUUGACGAUGAGGAACCCCCUUCCUUAGCCCCCGGCCAGGACGUGAGAGGAGAGAGAGAUACGGUGGAAGGUAGCUACUAUAACGAGGAUGCUGUAUCCUCCAGCAAGUCUACAACAAACUACGCUAGAUCUACAGAGGGUGCUAGUAGUAGUAGCCGUCAUGAACGGCUAGAUUCGGAGGACAGCGUGUCAUCCUCACAACCACUCUUGAGUCCAGGGCGGUCCCCGUCUCCUAGGAGAAGAGCACCUAUAAGCGGACGGGACGUUUCCCCUCAGAGGUUUCCACCCCCACACUCACCAUCAAGCCGAAGGAAAGACAGGCAUCGUGGUCCUGACUACGUGGAGUUCCACGACAGGGACGUGUACGACGAACCUUCUUACGAAGAUCCAUUUGGACCGGACCGGCCCGGGAGCAGUCACCGGCGCCCGUCGCCGGGCUGGAGGGAGACGAGAGAUUUACUUCAAGCUGGGCCUUCUCAGUCGCGAGCAUCGAGUAGCGAGCGUAUGGAUCCAGAGAGUUCCCAGUCUAGCCCACCUUCAAGGAAACACACCGGUCGCAGAUUACCCACAGUUCCAGGAGAGAGCCGCAGUGGUGGCGGCAGUGGUGGUGGUGGUGGUGGUGGGAGUGGUAGUGGUAGUGUUACACCCAGGCAGAGGCAACGUCCUAGUGUACCUCGUAGCAGAGAUCAUAGUCCAAUGAGGCUACCGCCACCACAGCAUGGUGGACGCAACAGCGGCGGGGGAAGCAAAGGGGAUGUCAGACUCCAAAUGGACGAUAGGCCUCCGCAUUAUGAUGUCGUGAUGCGAACUCAAGACCCGCCCCCUCCUGACCAACACGUAGAUCCCCGUAUGCCCAAUGGCUUCAGACCAGGGGGUGUGGAAAAGGGGCGGGGUCAUGGAACACAGGGACAUAGCCCCCGUAGGACACCACAGGGUGUACCUAGAGGACCUGGACGUAAGCAUGUAACUGAUAAUGGACAGGGUGGCGCCGGUGGGUAUUCCGAUACGGAGGAGGAUGAGUGGGCGUGAUGUAUAUAGUCAAUUCAAUUCCUUCCACUUUUUUGACUUUUGAACAUUUCAAUCAAAGUAUGUUAACAGUGCUUCUCUUUUGAAUUGCUAACUUGUGUAAUUCUAUAUAUUUGAUUUAUUACAUUGCAAUGUAUGACAGUGCCAUCUAGCUUUGUAGAUGAGGAAAGUUCUGAAUAGCUUUUAAAACUUAGCCCGUUGUUUUUUUUUUUUUACAAUUUCUUUAAAAAGAUAUCGCAUAGAUAUUCAGAUUACUUGAUGUGCAAAGUACAGGUAUGUUAGAUAAUGUUAGCUUUUAAUCAAGCUGACAGAUUAUCUUAUUCUAAAUCUGAAACCAGUAUCUUGGUCUUUCUCUUAUGCUUAAUAUGAUCCCAUUGUGAUUAUUUUGUCAUAUACAUGUUUCAUUUGAAAGUGUGUGAUGGGUGUGCCACCAUCCACCCUAUGUGGACUUGAAUACCAUUACCAUUUUUUUAUUAUAUACCUUAUACCUAAUAUCCCUAAGCCAUAUGUACACUAUAUUAGCCCUAUAUGGCAUAUGGGGUUUCAUGUUGCUGAACUUGUGUGCCAUAAUGGUCUUUUGAGAAUCAUAUGCAUUGAUACUUAAAUCUCCCAUGCAAUAGGGCUUCAGUGCAAUUGAAUACAAUGGCUCAUAGACAUACAAAAUUUGAAAUAGCUAUUUUGAGGUCACCCUUCUCCAAAAUUACUCAGUAAUUAAUUACACAAGGUACUUUAUAGGACUAUUUAUGCUAUGAAAAUUGCACAUUAUAUUGUAUAGGGCUGUAUACCCAUAUUAUAUAUGAAUAUGCCAGGUAAUAUUUAAAACAGCUGCAUUAGCUUCAGAUAUCUAUAAAAAAAAUAGAUGAAUGAUAUUACAGUAUUCAAUGUUUCUGUAGUAAGGGACAAUUAAAUUGGGCCUCUAGUGGUAUUUCCUUUUGUGCAUAAUUCACAAAUAAAUGAUAUCUGUAUUUAUAUCAGCAAUGGUUUAACUUGUAAGGGCAUUUUGGUAAUAUAUUUUAGUCAAUGUUUCACGUAUUCAUAGGACUAUUGAACAAUAACAUUGCACUUUGAACAAAUCAAUAUCUGAUAAAUUUCUUUCUCCCAUCCAUUCCUCAAACCAAGAAAUGUAUCACUUUCUGUAUACCUUUCCCAUCUUAAUUACACAUCUAUUCUCUACUACUGUAUGUUAGAGAAAUUAGAAUAAGUUUAUAUCCCCCCUUCCGUAAAUUAAUUUUCAUGCUCAAAUAAUGAAAAAGUAAUAACAAUAUUUUGUAAUGAUUAUUAUUUUUCUCUGAUAUAAUUAAUGUAAGCAUUUAAGUGCCAUUAGUUUGCUGUUUGUAUGUCUUUUUAUUAUUUUGCCAUGUGAAGCCCCGUUCACAUUAUGAUCUGAGAAAGCUGGUCAACAUAUGUGAAUGAGCCUUUACUAGCCACAAGCAGGGUGUUCUACCAAGGAGCGAUAUUCUUGUUUUAACACAAUUAUAUUUCUUCCUUGCUUUUCAUGUACAGUGAGAAGAUAAAAAAAGUUGACUUUCUUUGUAGAACAAUAUUCAUGUAUAUGAUGUAGUGCUUUAAGAAUGUGAUGUUGUUUUAUCAAUCUAUUGUACAGAUAUAUUUAUUAUGCCUAUCUUACAGUAUCGUGUUAUAACAUGAUCGUUGUGAAUAUAUUAUAUAUAAAUAUAUAUAUAAUAUACAUAUACUUAUAUACAUGAAUUAUUGCCAUAGCAAUUUUAUAAAAUAUCUGAACUUCUGUGUACUUUUUAUUCCAUGUUAUGAUAUUGUUGCACAGUUGGAGACAAAAAAAAUGAUGGAGCUUUUUCAGGAUGUAUUAUACAUAGCAUCGUAACGCGCUCGGCACAUUCCAUACUAAAUUAUCAAAAAUGUGCAAUCAUUAUUGUAGGAUUAAUUAUUUGAAUUUACAAGUAUAACCAGAUAGUAGCAUCCCAUAAACUGCAUGCUAGCAAAGUAAUGGCUGAAAACAGACUAGAAUAUGAAAUAUACAUCCAUAGCUUGGGUAGUGUGAACUGGUCUAAACCGGGUCAUUGCAGUUACAUCCAGCUUAAACUGCCUCUUAGAGUAGUUUUCAACUGGGCCUGCAUAGUUGGAGACUGCCGCCACCCUAUGAAAAUACUUGUCAUGUAUAUGUAGUUUAGAAUGUAACCAUAAAGUAGCGGUCUAGUAACAAACUCUAACCAGUUUCAUAUUGGUUAUGACGUGAAGUCGGUUUUGCAACAAUAUAUUUUUUUGUUUGUCUCACUUUGCUCAGCGGUUUGAUGUCUGGUUACUCUAAUAUUACGCCAUGUCAUGAAAGAUGUGACGCAUUAUGAACAAUACUCAUAAACUCCCAUAAUCACAGCAAGUGGACUAUUCGGUGAUUGAGUGAAGAAAUGUUUACUCUUAUACGUAAUUAACAAGAGGAUCAUGUAGUUUAUUACUCAUGUAUAUAUUGAACCAUGUAUAGGUGUGUGCAAUUUUCAGUCUUUAACUUCAUAGCGAUCGAGAAAAAGAGGAGAGACGAUAGGUUCGUAGAUUUUUGGAUAUUUUCAAUUCUCAGUUUAUCUGAAUGAUUUAAGUGCCUACAUAAUUGUAGAGCUUUAUAUAUUUUAUGUGACCGAUAGGAUGAAGGAGGGGUCUAUGGGGGGUACGCCUCUCCCCCCCUUCACCACCGGUCAUGGGUGCUUCAUUAUUUUCCAUGGCAGGCGUUUUUCAAGCCAAUUUUGAGUAUCAAAUGGAGUAGAUAUUCUGUUCCUUGCUAGGGAUUAUAAUCUUGCUUUAAUUGCAGUUUUUCCUCCCCUUUUCCUAAUGUUCUUAAUUUUCAACUAACGUAACGCAGUGACAUUGUAUUCGAAUUAGUUAUGAAAUAUUUCAAAAGAAUAUUCGAAAGACACAGGAAUGUGUUUUUGUGUACCAGUUCCGGGCCUCUGUAAACCCUACUACUUGUGCACCUUAUCCUAAAUCAAUGGACAAUCAUGUAAUGUUGUUCUGGGUUCCGUAGCACAAAGGUUAGCAAUUGAUCAUACACCUGAUUUUCACAAAUGAUUGUACAUUGUGGUCAAUGCAAUCAAUCGUAAAGAUAUACUUCUACGAUCAUUGCUAAGCUUUGUGUUAUAGGCCCGUGUCAUUCAGGUCAAUUUACUCUCAGUAUGUAUGCUUCUUUUGUACAAUGUCACCAUCUGUAAAAAUAAUCAUAUAGAGUAAUAAUCUAAAUUAUUACCAUGAAAUUAUGUAUCAUCGUCAUAUUCAUAACCUUCAGGUUUCUAUAACUUUAGCCGAGUGCUUUGGGUCGACAAAUCAAAAUCAAAACUUGGAUUUUUUUUUUCUAGAACAAACAUAACAAAAUUGAUGGUCUUGGUAUAUGACUUUGAAAAGCAAAGUGAAGUAAAAAUAUGUACAUAAUGUCUAUUAGGUAAUAUAAUGUAUUCUUCCAUAAUUAUGGUAAUAUCUACUAAAUGCAUGGGCAUAUUGUUACCCGAAAUAUUGAUUUUAAUGUUAUUGUACUCACAUGAAAUACUUUUUUAUAUAAUCUGAAUGAUAUUAGUGAGAAAGCAUUAUAGAAUUGAGUAUGUGUAUGUCAAGUUAUCUGUUUCAUUGUAUUGGGAGUAUUGAUAUUCCUCUCCUGUGCCGUCAAUACACAUCACACGCACGAAAGCAUGGUAACAUUUUUUUGGUCUGGAAUGGACAUAGUCAAGACCUUAUGAGCUAUUUCAAGAUAGGCUACCAGUCUUGAUGACAUCAUUCCAAACUUACUGUAUAAUACUGACAAUCUAAGUACCAUCAUUCCUAUAUAAACUUAUUGUGUACCUAUAGCACCUUCUGUUUCCCAUGCAAGUCUAUAGAAUUAUUGUGAAAUCAUGCUACAAUGUAUACACAGAUGCUACCCUUGGGGUAGUCAAAAUCACCUCCCCACUCUCAGUGUACCCCCCCCCCCUUAUGUUUUGCUUUGGCACAUUUUCUACACCUAUAGCAGAUUCAUGUCUCAACUACUGUCAACAUUUUUUUUUUGUUGGUUUACAAAGAAAUCAAGUCUAACUAUGCAAAAUAUUAUUAUGUUCUGCUGCUUUUAUUGUAAACAAAUUAGAAGGUCGAUAAGAAAGUUUUUCUUCUCUUUUUUUGGUAGUCAGCGUAGUUACAAUUUUUACUUUGCUUGAGUAGAUAGCAUUUUUACAUUUUAUUUACUUUUGGUUGGUUUUUUUUGGUAGUGAAAUCAACACCCUAUAUGCCCAUUAGGCCCAUGUACAACUACUUAAUCUAGUCAACUAUGAGAAAACACUCCUGUAAAUCACUUAACCUAUUGCAAAGUGUAUACUACCAUGACACGUGUCAACGCUUCUUCUUUCACUCUGUUAAACUUUCUUUCAAUACACUCAACAAGCGGGUAUUCCGACGCUUGGGAUGCUCUCUCUCACUCUCUCUCGGGCCAGUUGUUUGGCCGGAGGAUGCGGAGGUGGAAAACAUCCAGUGGUUGUCGUGGCAACGGAAGAUGCAUUAUCAAGGAAUAUUUUUUACAUAGUCGCAGGGCGGGCAGCAUUCGUCCCAUGUCCUGGGUAAGCUAUUGGUUGGGAGAGGUCCCCCUCCCGAUGCCAAGACCCUGUUUCCGACAUUGACCGGGCGUGAGAUCACAUGCAAUCAGGGAGCUGCAUUGGACAUAUCCUCUUUGCUAUGAUGCAUAUACUAUGGUCUUUUAUAAGUGGGUUUGGGCACCAGUGAGAGGUGGAUGUGAGCAUCACAUUCAGGGAUAAAACCUGAUCAAAAUUUAAAUUUUCACUUUGAUAGGAUGGGAGGGAAAUUACAAAAAUUUCUAGUUAAGCGAAGCAUGGAUCUUCAGUAAUAUCCUAAUAUUUAUGUAUCACAGAAAAUAAAAGUGAGUCAAUUUGCCCAUAGAGUGAAACAAUUUUGCUCAGAAUGUGGUGUUGCUUUGACUCGUUUUGGGGACAAGUGCUUCCCUGUAUGGACAAGUGGCUCACUAGCUCUAGCGAGCUAUAAGUAUGGGCCAAAAAGAUGAGAUGUAAACUUUUGGAAAUUCUUAAUCUGAGGAGGGGUAUGUAGGAAGCUAUUGCUGUCCAGAAUGGUUUAUUCAUUAUGCUGAAAUAGUAGCCAGUAUGUUUAAUUUGGUUAAAUCAAAACCAACAUGAGGUUUUCAUUGAUCAGUUACCACACCACCUUCAGAAGACGAGGCGAUAUUAAAAUGACGUAUCACAGUUUUACCCCUUCCUCCAUGCAAUAUAAAUCUUUGUUGACAUUAAAUUGAAUAUGGAGAUGGUCAUUUUAUAGAUGAUCUGGAUGUUCGUUCACACUUGCAUUUAGUAGUGAUUAUGAAUCAAAAGGAUAAAAAAGAGGUCCUACAAUUUUACAGAAUGCCCAAGGGACAGCCAAAUUUGUGCUUGGUCAGAGAUCUCAGUGUUACUUGUAUUUUUUGAUAUAUUUUCAGUCAUCUAUCUUUCAUUGACUAUUAGUAGAAAUGUUUGAGAUUUAGCUGAGGGUUUUUAUAAUUAUUUUUUGUAGCCUUUGAUCCCCCAGAUGUAUGAAUUCACUGAUUGUAAUUAUUCUUUUUUUUUCUUUCUUUACCGCUUUCAUUAUCGAGAACGUCUGCAGAAUUUUUGUUCUUACUCAGUUUGCGAUCAAAUUAUUUGAUUUGUUGAGUGAAAUAAAUAAUAUGCCAAUUUGCACAAUUAUGAAAUAUAUACCUCCUGUACUAGACUUCUCUUUUAUUGUGUCGUCAUGUUUGAUAUAAAUAUUUCACCAAUAUGUCAUGUUUUGGGGUAUGUCUUUCAUUAUAAUAUAAGCAAUUAAAGGUUGCACAAUA